UCCUUCUAAAGAUCACGUGACUGAAUCAGACCGUUACCAGUCCAGCAUCAUCUCUAAUCCUCAUACAAACUGAGUGCAAAUUAACAUGUCAGGUCUUUUAGUACUCUGCUGUUUUUCAUUGCUUCUGGCUGAUGUUCUUGGUGCUAAUGAUGUUACAGUGUCAAUGAUGAUGGGAGAUGAUGUCACUCUGCCUAGUCAAUAUGUCAUUAAUAACGAUAAUGAUCUAAUGUGGUGGUUUGAAGGCAAAAUUAUAGCAGGAUCUAGCCACUCAAAACACACCGAUGAGAGAUUCAAUGGCAGACUGGAGUUGAACAGUCAGACUGGAUCUCUCACCAUCAGAAACAUCAGCAUUAAAGACACUGGAGUUUAUACAUGGCAUUUUAUGGGCAGAAGAGAGGAAAAGAAGAACUUCAAUGUUACUGUCAAUGAUCAAGUGUACAAAGUGUCUGUGAUGAAGGGAGGAGAUUCUUUUUCUCUACCCACUGGUGUUCAAAUACAGCCAGAUGAUGUGAAAGCGUGGAAGUUUAAUGGCACAGACUUAACGAACGGGAUAUUCUCAAACAUGAAUGUGAAUCAUCAGACCGGAGAGCUAAACAUCACAAACAUCAGAGCCGAUCAGUCUGGAGAAUAUGAAGUUAAAAUCGAUGGCAGAAGUUUGAUUUUACACAGGACAUUCAAUGUUUACUUCAGCGGUGAGUGA